GGCGGCUCUUGCGCCUGCUCAACCUGCCACGUUAUCGUCUCGGACCCGGACAUGUUUGACAAGAUGGAGGAGCCCGACGAUGAUGAGAACGACAUGCUCGACCUCGCCUUUGGUCUGACCGAAACAAGUCGUCUGGGUUGCCAGGUCAAAAUGUCAAAGGAACUGGACGGCUUGGUCAUCAAACUCCCCACCAUGACCAGGAACUUGCAGGCCAGCGACUUUGCAAAGAAAUAGACAUCGCCAAAGAUACCCUCGCCCGAGUUUGUAUACAACAACUUCCUCUUCUGUAUUAACACAUCACUUUCUGUUCUAAAAGCAUA